AUGUGGCUAUUUUAUACAUUAUUUAUUUGGUUAUUUGUUUCAAUUAAUGCAUUAGAGAAAAAAAUCUAUGAACAAAAAUUAUCAUCAGUUGAUGCUGAAAUCAUUUCUUUUGCUAGUUCAUCAUUAACAAAAUAUUUUCGUUCUGAAGAUCAUAUUCAUGCAACACAUAUUAUUCAUAUAAAAACUGCUGUUGAUUUAGAGAUUAGUCGUCAAAUAUUUACAGUACAUUUUCAAGUUAGCUCAACUGAUAGUGAUAUUAAAUAUGAAUGUCCAGUUUCAGUUUAUGAUGAUCCUAUUGGACAUAUUCGUGCUCUUGUUCGUUCAAUAAUGUGUAUUUCACUUGAACAAGAUCCUCAAAAUCCACAGUUAAUUGGUGGAAAUAUCCAACGUAAUGCAAACAAGAUUCCUUAUCCACUUUUAUAUGGUGCAAAAAUUCCUGUUGAACAUAUCAGUAUUGAAGAAGUAAAUGAUUAUGACACAUAUUUAUUUAAUAGUUUUCAAAGACUUCAUCAAAAACUCUAUCUUAAUGAUAAAGAAAAAGAAAAGCGAUUUCAAAUAUUUAAAGAUAAUUUAAAUCGAAUUGAAGAAUUAAAUGAGAAAGAAGAAGGCACUGCUAUAUAUGGAAUAACACAUUUAAGUGAUCUUAAUGAAGAAGAAUUUACUCAAUAUUAUUUAAAUGAACGUCUUUCAUUAUCAAAACAUAUUUCAAAAGCUCCAACAUCUGUAAAAGAUCCAUUAAAAGUUUCACCAGAGGCAUUUGAUUGGCGUAAUCAUAGCGCCGUUACUGAUGUUAAAAAUCAAGGUCAAUGUGGUUCAUGUUGGGCAUUUAGUGUCACUGGAAAUAUUGAAGGAGUUUGGAAAGUCAAGAAAGGAGACUUAAUUCCUUUAUCUGAACAAGAAUUAGUUGAUUGUGAUAAAGUUGAUGAAGGCUGUAAUGGAGGAUUUAUGACUGAUGCUUAUGGACAAAUAAUCAAUAUGAGUGGACUUAUGACAGAAGCAGAUUACAAAUAUGAAGGAAAACAACAUAAUCAAUGUUUAUUAGAUAAAACAAAAAUAAAAGUUAAUAUUGAUGGAUAUUUAAAUAUAACAUCGGAUGAAAAUGAAAUGGCAGAAUGGUUGGCAAAUAAUGCACCAAUUUCAAUUGGAUUAAAUGCAAAUAUGAUGCAGUUUUAUUUUCGUGGUAUUGCACAUCCUCAUCGUACCUUCUGUAAUCCACAAGGACUUAAUCAUGGAGUUUUACUUGUUGGUUAUGGUGUUGAAGUAAAAAAAUCCAAAUCAAUUCCAUAUUGGAUUAUAAAAAAUAGUUGGGGUCCACAUUGGGGUGAAAAAGGUUAUUACCGUUUAUAUCGUGGUGAUGGAACAUGUGGAGUUAAUUUAAUGUGUUCAUCAGCUAUUGUUAAUUAA